AUGGGAAAUAUGAAACAGUUGCGUGAAAAUAGUGAGAUCUGGCCUCAGGUAGAAGACACUCUUAAAAAACAAGAAGCAAUUGGUCCUUAUUUAACGCUACGGUGUCAAAUUCACCCGGAUGAAAUUACUCAAGUCAAAUCUGAGGAAGAUUUUUUGAAAUUACCAGAAGGCGGUUGUGCAUUGAAAUGUGAGGCUCAGUUAAAAUGUGGACACUUUUGUACAAGAAUAUGUCACGUUUUAGAUAGAGAUCAUGCGGACUACAAUUGCAGACAACCAUGUACAAGUAUUCUUUGUGAUGAUAUGACGCACAUAUGCCAAAAACAUUGUUAUGAAAUAUGUGGUCCGUGCAACUAUCCUGUUCGGCGAGAGCUUAAGUGUGGUCACGCAGCCACGAUGGAGUGUCACUUGGACCCUGAUAAAUACAAAUGCAAUGAGUUGGUUAAUACCGAGCUUCCAUGUGGCCAUAACGCAGAAAAGCCUUGUCAUAUUGAGCCAGACAAAUUUCCAUGUCAGAUUCCAUGUGAUGUUAGAGUUGAGCCAUGUGGACAUGCAUGUAUUAGAAAUUGUCAUAUUAACGAUGAUCCUGAUCAUCUACAGUAUAAAUGUAGAAAACGCUGCGAACGGAACUUCAAGGAUGUACAAAUACGGAAGAACCUCAUAAAUGUAACAAAACUUGCUUUGAGGAAUGCUUACAGUGUGAGAUCACAGUUAGAAAAAGGCGUACCAAAUGUUUCCAUAUGUACGAGGUAGCAUGCUGUUUGGAUCCUGAUACUAUAUUUUGCAAAAAGCCUUGUAAGAAGCAACUACCAUGCGGUCAUAUGUGUAAGAAAAAAUGUGAUGAACUUUGUGGAGAUUGUAAAGAGUUGGUAGAGAAAACCGUACCAGACUGCAAUCACGUUGUAAAAAUUGAAUGUAAAAAUGAAGCUGACAGAAAAUAUUGUAGUAAAGGUAUAUGUCCCCGUAUUUUACCAUGCGGUCAUCAAUGUAAGAAAAAAAUGUAAUGAACCCUGCAGAACAAGAUGUAAAGAAUUGGUUAAUUGCAACAUACCGAGCCCUUGUGGACAUAUUAUCAAAAAAAUUCCAUGUUAUUAUAAAGAAAGUGAUGAUCCAAAGAUAUUGCUAGCUCGAUGUUCAGAGCCCUGUAACAUUAAACUUGCAUGUAAACACAAUUGUAGUGGUACUUGUGGGGAUUGUUUUCAAGGACGUUUCCAUCAAAAAUGUGCAGAAAAAUGUGGAGUCCCAUUGGUUUGUAACCACGAAUGCACUAUACCCUGCAGAGAAGCCUGUCAACCGUGCAAACAACCAUGUAGUUACCGGUGUAAACAUAG